GUGUUUCAUUUCAAUAAAGCUGGGGGAACUGAGACCGUUUAUCCUCUGAGGCACCCACGGGUGUAUUCCAAGAUGGAGGAGCUUUUGAAAAACCCAUGCAUCUCACUUACAAAGCCUUCCCCUGAAAUACAUAGUAACAUCCAUUCAAGAUUCCAAGCCUUAAAUCAAGAAAUCAACAAACCCACAAAAAAUGCUUUGCUAAGUAGUGUCAAUCAACUAUACGGGGAUAAAUCGGUGUCUUUUCAAAGAGACUUCUCAGAAUCAAUGAAGAAAUAUUAUAAAGUUGAGCCGCAAACAGUAAACUUUCAAGAAACUACAGACAACGCAAGAAAGGAGAUCAACGCGUGGAUUGAACAGCAGACAGCAG